AAUCUACUCCCCCCCCUGACGUUGAUGCUUCAAGUCAUCUGUUCCCUGCAAGGCGCCAGCUCAGAGGAACUAGCCCGGCCUGGACUCGCACACACACCCAGAGCACCUCCCGGCCAGAACAACCGACGGCGAAAGUUAGACGAUAUCAAUUUCUGUUUUUGAGACUGGGAUAAGAGUGAACUUCAAGGGCAGAGUCUUGAGGUUUGCUCCACAACGGACACACAUCCCUCUGAGUAUAAUGCGGGGACAACGGGAAGAGACACAACCUAAGUCUGUUGCUCCCGAUGUGCCCAAGGAAACUACAGUGCGACCGAGAAAGAGGAAGGCAGAUGUUGCCAUUUAUUUACAAGAUCUGGACGAUGAGGAGGUUGCAGAGAUGACAAAGAAGAAGCAGCGCGAGUGUGAGCUGGGCUGGAGUCCUGAUCCUGGUUAUACAAGUCCACACAGGUGGAUUCCCACACCUGAUCAGGAAGAGGACCAACCAGUCACCCUGAUAAAUGCAGGAUUCCCCCACUAUAACUUUAACAACAUAUUUACAACACCUGUGCAUUGUGCACCACUACCUGCACUGUGUUGGGCCAGUAAGGAUGUGGUAUGGAACAACAUGUUGGAGAAGGAUAAGACCUACACCAGGGAUGUCCACAUGAUGGAGAACCAUCCUCAUCUGCAGCCAAAGAUGAGGGCAAUUCUCCUGGACUGGCUCAUGGAGGUCAGUGAAGUGUACAAACUGCACAGGGAGACUUAUCACCUCGCACAGGACUACUUUGAUCGCUUCAUGGCCACACAGAGAAACGUGUUCAAAUCAACACUGCAGCUCAUAGGCAUCACCUGUCUCUUCAUCGCUGCUAAAGUGGAGGAGAUGUAUCCUCCAAAAGUCCACCAGUUUGCCUAUGUUACAGAUGAAGCCUGCACUGAAGAUGAGAUUCUCAGCAUGGAAAUUAUUAUCAUGAAGGAGCUGAAUUGGAGUCUCAGCCCACAGACUCCCAUAUCCUGGCUCAAUGUUUACAUGCAGGUGGCUUACCUGAAGGAGACAGAUGAGCUGCUCAUCCCCAGAUACCCCCAGGCUACCUUCACACAGAUCGCAGAGUUGUUGGACCUGUGUAUGCUAGAUGUGCGUUGCCUUGAGUUCUCUAAUGGCAUCCUUGCUGCUUCAGCCCUGUUUCACUUCUCUUCCCUGGAGCUGGUGGAGAAUGUCUCAGCUCUGAAGAGGGUGGAGGUAGAGGAGUGUGUGAGGUGGAUGGUGCCUUUUGCCAUGGCGCUGCGGGAGGUUGGAGGGUCGCCUAUGAAAACAUUCACAGGAAUCCCUGCAGAUGACAUGCACAACAUCCAGACCCAUGCCUCCUAUGUUACAUGGCUGGAAAAGGCCCUCUCUUACCAGGAUGUGGAGUUGGAGCGUCAUGGCAACUGUCCUGUCCCUUCAGGCGUCCUGACUCCCCCUCUGAGUAUUGAGAAAACUGAAGCGUCGGUCCGAGUUGAUGCUACAGUGCUGAAAAUCAGGCCGAGGAUGCGUACACCAUCCCCACAACGGCCUCUUCCAAAGUAGUGGAACGAGCAAGGAAUCUGACAAGACGACGGCCGUAAACAGAAGAGAAACAAUUUGAAUGUGUUGACUCUGAACAGCGACUCUGCAGUAACGGCACACUCGCAUAUCAUUGGAUUUUCAGUUGGAAGUCGUUGAUGGAAAUGGUAUUUUCUCCUUUCAAAGUCAUGCAGAUUUCUUUGUUCCAGGUGCUUUUAAAUGUCUUUGUAGUGGGUGCAUGCACUGACUUUGGCUAUAUUUGGGAAACACUGACGCACCGUGAGUAAAUGGUUUGGAUGGUCCCUGAUGUUGCCUAUUUAACCUUCCAGUUUGGAUGAAAACACAAAGCAAGAGACUGUUUGGGAUGGGACGGCUCAAGGAGAUUUUUGUUUUUUGAACAGCGUUGCACCCAAAUGCUUGCAUUAAUUGGCGACCACACUGACAGUAAGUGGUUGCCAUUCUUCUUUUUCUAUGCAGAGGCCAAAUUGAAUGGACAUUUUAUGGAAUCUCUCUACUUAAUUUAGUGUGUGCGUAUGUGUGUGUCUGUGUGGUGAUUGCUGGUUUUAAUGUAUUAGUGGCGUCAUUUGCCCAAAAACUAUUCCUAGGGUCAUAUUUGGCUCUAUGUGCUGCUAUAAAAGUGGGCUAUUCAUGAUGGAGGGUAAAGACUGUAUGUGUGUGUGUUUGUGUGUAUGAAAUGGUGUGUUACUCUAUUUUUGGUUCUACUCUUGCCAUCUUAUUGGACAACAUGACCAUGUUUUGCUUGGGGACCAGUAGCUUGGCUACCUAAAUGGGCAAGUGAACCAGCCAGGCUUCAGAAGCUAAAAUGUUGAUUGUAUUUAACUUUUUAUUUUAAUCCCCACACACCACCAAAAUGUAAGAUUUCUAUUUGACAUUUUAAAUAAAAUGCUGCUACAUUGAA